AUGCCAUGCAAGCAAAUGUUUCAAAAUGGAAGGGUUAUACGCUAUUGGAUAAGAUGUCGUAGUCUUAUGGAUGAAGUUAGUGUACAUGUUAAAGUAUUAGAUUGCAGUGAUAAUAGUCAUUAUGAAGAUAUUAAGAACACUGUUAAAUAUCUUGAAAAAGCAACAGCUAAAAUUCACUGUAUUUCUAACUCCGAUUGUAAACGUAGAGUCAAACCUGUUUCUGGUUUACCAUUUGAAAUUGUUCUAGUUACUGAGAUAGAUAUUCAUGAUACAGUUUGUGGAUGA